UUUGAGCCUAUGGCUUAUUGCAUGUGCUGUGAGAAACAGAGGACCGGACGGAGCUGAAAGCUGAAAUAUUUGAAUAUUUGGUUACAUCAAUUAAAUCUUUAUGCUUUAUCAAAUGAUUACUCGUGAAUAUAGAAUGUCAGAAUAAUCAAAGAUAUUUUGCCGGCUUUCUGACUGGACAACGAUGCCAGCUAGCCUAGCUUGCUAGCAAGCUUUAUCAGUAUGCUCUGUUGCUCAGUUUGCCCAGAAACCUUGGGUUGUUGAAAAAGUGCGAUUAGCAAGUCAGAUUGCUAAGUAGAAACCACAGAUAGCUAGGAGUUAGCUAAUUCGAAGCCGUAACAACUCGCUAGCUAGGUAAUCGUCACAUUGUAAAUCCAUAGAAUCCGUUCAGCUAGUCAGCUGGAUAGGUGCGCAUGGAUUGGCGUGAAUUUACGUUACUUAAUCACUGCAAAUGUACUACAAACCUGAAUAACAAUGCUUUGCUAACGAGCUGCCUGUAUAGAAAGUCUGUCUAGCUAAAUUUGUUGUACAUUAUUUGCAGUUAUGAAAAGCGUCUUUCGUAGCCAAUUGCAACGAUUUUAGCAUGGGCUUAAACUUCGACCUAAGAUCUCUGAACUCCAUAUGAACGUAUUGAACAAACUUAUUGAUUACUGUACUCAUUGGAGACAGCUUUUUAUUGUCUCAUCCAUUUUAGUAUUUUGUAGAGUCUGAAUUCGAAGAGAGAAUGCACCUGAAAGUCUUGCCAUCGGACCUGGCUGACGUGGGAACACAGCGAUGCAGACUGGGGCCAGGUUUAAUGUCAUCUCUGAAUCUGAGGAUUGGGUCCCCGGUUCUUAUCACUGUCUCUGGAGGGGACUGUCUGUGUACAGCAUGGCCAAGAAGUGACCUGGCAGAAGGCUUCCUACAGUUUGACACGAAAUGCGCCACGACAGGCAUGAAAACAAACACCUUCAAAGACCUGUCUGUCAGCCCAGGUCAUAUCAAGGCAGUACACUGUCCAAAACUCAAAAGUGUGAGAGUAAAUGUAGUUGUUCAAAGUAUGGACUUUAAGAAGCAUUCAUCUGCCAGUUUUAUUCAUGACCUUGUAAAGGAUAUGCUUCGAGGUGUGUAUGUGUCAGAGCAACACAUAGUCGAUGUUAGCCAUUUGAAAAAUCAAGUGGAACUUAUUGUAGUGCAGCAUCUAGACUCAGGCAGCAGUGUAGCCGGUCUCAUAACUGCCAAAACCAGCGUGGACAUUGGAGAGAUCCAAACACUUCACAACUACAGAAGUCAACUUCAAAAACCCUCCAGCAUUUCGUUGGGAGGAAUGGAGGAUAUCUACGCAUCACUGAAGGAGAUCCUUCAUUUGCCACUCCUCUACCCAGGCACGCUGCAUAAGUUGGGCCUCUCUUGUCCUAAAGGUGUGCUCCUUAUCGGCCCCCCUGGGGUUGGCAAGACCAUGCUGGUAAGAAGCGUGGUGAGAGAAGUUGGUGCCUCUUUGGUGACUGUUAAUGGGCCAGUGAUUCUGGGCUCGAGGCCUGGAGAGAGUGAGGAGAACCUGAGGAAGAUGUUCCAGCAGGCAAGAGAGGCCUCCCAAGAGGGGCCCUGUGUCCUGUUCAUCGACGAAAUCGAUUCCCUGUGCCCAAAACGUGCGGGCUCAACCAGCGCCCCUCAGAACAGGGUGGUGGCACAGCUUUUGACGCUGAUGGAUGGCAUCGGCAGCGAAGGACGUUUCGUCAUCGUCGGGGCCACCAACCAGCCAGACGUGCUGGAUCCUGCCUUGAGAAGGCCAGGCAGAUUUGACAGAGAGGUCAUCAUUGGAGUUCCUACACUUCGCCAGAGGAAAUCCAUCUUAGACUUGCUGAGCUCUAAGAUGUCUCUCUGUGCCAGUGUGGAUUUAGUUGCUUUAGCAGAAAUGACCACGGGAUACGUGGGAGCUGACCUGAGCGCCCUCUGCCGAGAAGCGGCUUUGCAAGCUAUCCUGCACAGCUCCCAGGAUUCUCAGGAUCACACAGUUGAUAUGAAGCAUUUUCUUGAGGCUCUUAAGAAGGUUCAGCCCUCCUGCCUUAGAAGCAGUAUUGGCCUGACUGAUUUCAAACCAAUUACCUGGGACCAAAUAGGCGGUCUGGAAGAUGUCAAACAAAAGCUCAAACAGAGCAUUGAGUGGCCCAUGAAGUUCCCAGAAGCCUUUGUCAGGCUCGGUCUGCCCCGCCCACGCGGAGUCUUGCUCUAUGGCCCCCCUGGUUGCGCCAAGACCACACUGGUGAAAGCGGCCGCCUGCUCCUCUCACUGUGCCUUCCUGUCAGUCAACGGAGCAGACCUCUUCUCGCCGUUCGUUGGGGACUCCGAAAAGGCACUGGCUCAGCUGUUCCGUCAGGCUCGAGCCUGCGCCCCCUCCAUCCUCUUCCUGGAUGAGAUCGACUCGAUCCUGGGCUCCCGCUCAGACAGCAGGGCUCCCCACAGCGUACAGGCGCGGGUGCUGUCAGUGCUGCUGAACGAGCUGGACGGCGUUGGGCUGAAGACCCUGGAGAGGAGGGGGGCGGAGAGGGCAAGCCGUGAGUCUGAGGGAUCCCAUGAGUCCCACCAGGAGCAACAGAUGGAGUACCAGGAGGUAUGCAACAAGGAUGUGAUGAUUGUAGCCGCAACAAACAGACCCGAUGCUUUAGACAGUGCUCUGCUAAGGCCCGGCAGAUUGGACAAGAUCAUAUAUGUGCCACCACCUGACACAGAGGCCCGGCUGGCUAUUUUGAAGAUCUGUACCAAGCAGAUGCCUUUGGAGUCUGAUGUUUCUCUGGAAGAGCUGGCGCAGCAAACACAUCUGUUUUCUGGGGCUGACUUGGAAAAUCUCUGCAAAGAGGCUGCUCUCCUGACACUGCAGGAGGAAAGCAUGGACGCCUCCAGCAUAAAGCACAAGUACUUUUUGAAGUCACUGCAAAAUAUGAAACCUUCCCUUAAGGUCCAGCAAAUAGAAAGUUAUCAACAUUUAUUAACAAGCUGAAACCUGUCCAUGACCUUCCU